AGGGAGAGUCACACACGCUUGAAAAAUGGCGGAAACGUGCUCCGUGUUCAUGCGACCUCCAGCAGCGGUUCAAAACGGUGCCUCCUAAGCCUUGUCCUGUUUUUGUGUGCAUGCUUGUCUAGGUGUGUCACUUAAUGUGUAAGGCUGUGGGUUAAAAGAGGCAUGCAAGAUGGAAAACGAUACAGUGGAGUGCUCCACCUCUGGCCACAUCAAGCAAGUCAUCAGCCAAGCAGUCACUGAAGAAUCCCAAGUCGAGGCUUUCCAUUGUAGUCACUGUGUGCUGAUCUUCGAAUCCAAGGUGUACCUUUUUGAACACCUUAACAAGGUGCAUGGCCUCAAUACAGAAAUUUCUCUCAGAGAGGCUGGUUUAUCCCCUGGGACUGACAAAGCCAACACAGAGAGCAGCAGCAGGAGUUCAGGAGAUAAUUUUAAAUGCCAGAGGUGUGAUUUUAAAGCUUGUAGUUGGGAUGGUUUAAGUGAACACGAGGAACUGUGUCACAAAACUUCAGAAAAUCCUAACGUGUCAGGAGGUGUCAUCAUUUCAGAAAACCUCGACAGCACUUUAAGUGUCAUUUCAGCAAACCAGAACAAUGAAGCUGCAGGAACAUCGGAAGAUCCAUCAGUUCUUUCAGAUAUUUCUACCUCAGAAGCAAACUGCACAUUAAAGGACCUGAAAAUUUUGCAGGAAUCUCCUUCAAGCUCCUGUCCAAACAGUAGUGGUGUGUUUAAAGUCACAGCAAAGUCUGUGAUAGAUAUCACCGGAAGUAAGUCGUACCCUUUUUUGCACACUGACUUGACUACUGAUUUGACUAAAACUCCGGAACAAUUCAGAAAGGAAACUGUUCCUGACAGUGCUGUGAAGAGAUCCAGUGGUAAAAGUUUAAAAGGUCAUCCUGUCAAAAAAGCCAAGUUGGAUAACGAAGAGAUGCUCACGGAAAAAGAAAAUAGACAACAGUCAUCCAGCAGCGAAGUCAGCGAAGAUGAAGACGAGGCAGACGCGGCAAAAGUGUAUUCUUGUAAACAUUGUGACUACAGCGACGUGGGCAUCAGGCGAAUUUCUGCCCAUUAUCAAAGUGACCACCCUUAUAUCAGAUACAAUUCUGUCUACAUUCAGGACGCAAGUGAUCACAGUGCCACCUUUCGUUGCUUGGAGUGUCCAGUUGAGUUUUUAAGCACAGCUGACCUCAAGAGGCACUACUUGGAAAAUCAUCCAGAUGCCCCAGAUGUAUUUGCCAUGAAAUCAUGUGGCCUCAGUUUGGUUUUCAAAUGCUUUCUUUGUAAAUUUACUAUCAAUCUAUUGAAGUCUUUGAAAGAACAUUACAAGGCAAAGCAUGCAACAUAUGAAGUGGAGAAUUCCUUAUUGUUCUGCAGAUAUUCAAUGUCUGAAUGCCAAGAGGAAUCGUCUCAGCUGAGUCUAGAUGUUCACUACCAAAAAAGCCACCCAGAUGAAGUAAUCACAUUAGAUAAAAUCAAACAGUCCGCUUGUCCCACAUCACAUGCAGCAUCAGAGAUGACAUCUGAGAAGUGUUCAGAUUCUGUGAUUGUAGUAGAUCAUUCAGAGACCACACCAGAAGCCUGUAAGAAUCGUUCAGAAUCUUCCCAAACCACGAAAGGGGAAUCUUCGAAGUUUCCAACAAAAUCCAGUAAUGAAAUUACUACUGGACUGGACAUUUCCUCAUCCAGUUUACCAAAUGAAACAUUUUACUGCCAGUUCUGCAGUUACACAAGUACCGAGGUUAAGAGUAUCCUUGGUCAUCACUAUGCAAAACAUUCUAUGGAUGCACCAAUAGGUACUGAUGAUGUCCUAGGGUACAGUGCUGAGAUGCAGAAACGUCAGAGUGAAUCUAAGAUGUCAAAAAGUCCUUCAUCUUCCCAAUUUAAUACUAGUAAACAAGUGAAGAUGUGUAGGGAAAAAGAAGAUCUGUAUAAGGAGGAUUACACAGCAGAUGCCUCAGAAACAGGAGAGAGACAGAACAAGUCCUACGCAUGUCCAGAAAACUUGUUUUACUGCCACAAAUGCAACUUUGGAAAUCUGUCUGUAAAAGGAGUAAUUAUCCAUCAGGCUAAGGUUCAUCGAAAGUGUAAUUCCAGCACUAAGUGUGUUCUUGAAUAUACAGCUUUAAUCCAUGAUGAAAUCAGGAAAGCAAAUGCAAAGGAUUCCUCUUCUUCCCGUCUACCUCCUCCUAUAAUAAAUGAAGGCGAAGAAAAAGCAUUUUUUUGCCACUUUUGUAACUACAGGCAUAGUACUUUGGAUCGGGUAAUGCGCCAUUACAGCAAAACACAUCAUGGAUUUAAGGCGAAGACUUCAGAAGUCCUUCUGCAUACAUCUAAGAUCCACGAUCAGGCACAGAAAUCUCCUCUAACAUCCACUCAAAAUGAAGAAGCUGCUCAGGAAAUCCUCAAGCUGAAAAUGAAAAAGAAAAAAACAAGGAAGCAUUCAAAGUCUUUGGUCAUUUCAGCAACACCCUCAGUGACAACCCCACACACAAAGAGGUCCCUGAACUGUUACUCAUACGCAUGCGCAUACAAAACUGACGUGAUAUAUGCUCUGAAGACGCAUUUAAGGAAAAUUCACAAAGUAAAGCGUACAGUCACAGAUAUUUUAAGAUAUUAUUUUAGACAAGGAUCAUUAAAGCGCGGCUAUUAUUGUGAAUUCUGUGUUUUCAGACAUGAAAAAGCUGCAGCAGUUUAUGAGCACUACCAGGAACGCCACCUAGGACGUGUCCCCUGCGUUGAGUAUGUAAAUUCUCGGUUAUAUGCUGGUCCUGAAAUGGUCCUUUCUAAAAAGAAGAAGCCUGAUCUAGAGCAGAGUGGAGGCAAUGGCACUGAAAACAGAUUGCUAUCCCAAAGAUCCGGACAAAAUAAAGCUGGUUUGUCUUGCAAAAGAUGCUCUUUUAAAUCUAAAUCUUUGUCAGAUCUGGCACACCAUUACCGAAUGGUUCAUCCUUUGAAUGCAAAACUUUCCAAGAAAACAAGCGCAAGCUGGCGGGUGGAAGACCAAAGUGACAGAUCUCGCUCAUUGUCCUCCAAAGUGUUCAAGUGCCUUUACUGCUCUGCAAAUUUUAAUAGCAAACAGGGUCUCCACAUUCACUGUGGAUUGAAACACCCGGAAGCUGUAAUUGAAAGAUAUGAACAAGAACAAAAACCAAAACAGCAGCGCAAAAAAAGAAGGCAUAAGACAUUGAAGUCUAGCAUAACAGCAGAAAAAAGCCUCUUGAUCUACAAGUGUCCAAAGUGUCCAUAUGUGAAUGUUAGCUACCAAGGGACCCUCACUCACUGUCAAAUGAAGCAUCCAGCAAUUGUAGUCUGGGCAGAUGAACUUGAGACAGGUGAAGUCUUUGCAUCAAACAUGGUCAAUUGUACUUUAGGAAGAAGUUCUAAUGAAAGAGGGUACUUGUGUAAAAAAUGUUCACAAAUCCAUGGAUCACUGACAAAACUCAAUGCUCACUGUAAGAUGGUUCAUCAUGACAGAAAAGUGUAUGAGCACACUGACACUGAAAGCCAGCCGGUUCACACAUCUCGGGGCUCAGCACGGAAGGAUGCCUCUGUGAAAAACAAAACUUCGAGAAGAGUAAAAAUUGCGAAAAGUAGACAGGCUCCACAAACGGAAACUCCUGAGGCAUCCCCAUCAACUUUGCUGUCUGGCCUCCGCAGCAGCAAACAGUUGUACAAGUGCCAGAUGUGCACCUAUAAAGGACCGUAUCGAAAAUACCUCCAGCGCCACUACAAAAAUUAUCACAAAUUGGAUGCAGUCAGUAUUUACAAACUUCUUGACAAAUAUAAUAAGCGUAAAUGGAACUCUCCCAGCAACGUACUUAAAUCAGGCAACAGCACAAAGGUUAAAUGUUUGAAAUGUCCAGAAUUAACAUUCAAGUCGUCGCAGCUGCUCAUUGACCACUAUAGUACUUUUCACCGCUCAGAGUGGAAAUUGGACUUUACUGUGUUGUCACUAGGAUUGAGGAAAAAGAAAAACACAGGGGUUUACAAAUGUGACCACUGCAACACACAAUUAAAUGGGAUUCGAAUGGUGUGUUAUCACAUGGAUCGCCACAGAGCAAGGAUGCUAGAGAAGGCCAAGGCUGCGCAGAGAAAGGAGUCGCUUAUUAGCACAACACUAGAGCAAGAAUCCAGCGAGCCCUGCAGGCAAGAUGAAAUGACCACAUUGGAAACUGUGAACGAGGUUAAUCGUUGGAACGGGACACCAGUACAGAGCGCCGCUACAUCAGAACUCUCUGAUGUACAGCAGCCAGAACUAGAAUCGAAUGGAGACAAACACACGUGUAGACAGUGCGGCCGGAUGUUUAUGUCAUUGAAAGGCUUGCAUUCACAUGAGCACAGCCACGCAGCCCUGGCAGCCAUCAAGAAACUGGACAAUAGCUCCACAUCUGGAUUAAAACACAACAUUAGCAAAUAUCUCAUCCACAAAUCUGGAACUCUGAGACCUUUUCUGUGUAGUUGCUGUACCUAUCGGACAACAAUCUUUGGCCUCUGGAGGAGUCAUUUUAUGAAAAAGCAUAAUGAUCUCAUCAUGGCUGCAGCUGAGACUGAAGACAAAGAUGAGAGUGAAGAGAGGUUUAAGGAGUCCUCUAAUUCAUCAGAGAAAAUGAACAGCUUGCCUGAAAUUGAUGAGCGACCUGAACUGAUUAAAGGAUCUCUGUACUUGGAGCCCCCAGAUGUGCGGCGCCAGUUAAACCACUACACCAUGAUGGCACAGAGCAGCAUCAAAUCUAAAGUGAACGUGCAACUUUCAAAAUUACCUGAGAACAGCGUGCUUCACUGUGAGUUCUGCAAUUUCAGCACUGGACACCUGUCUAGUAUCCGGCGGCACUGCCUAAAUCGGCAUGGAAAGAAAAUCCUCAGAUGUAAAGACUGCAACUUUUUCACAGGUUUAAGGAAAACUCUGGAAAUGCACAUGGAGACGGGUCACUCUACCUGCCAGUCAAAGCCUACUCAUCAGAAGGACCUCUGCUGCCCUUUCUGUCUGUACCAAACUAAGAACAAGAACAACAUGAUUGAUCACAUUGUCUUGCAUCGUGAGGAACGUGUAGUGCCAAUAGAGGUUCGUCGCCCCAAACUGUCACGUUGCCAUCAAGGCAUCAUCUUUGGGUCAAAAAAGGUCAUGAAGAAUCAUGAACUCGUGGGUCAGGGGAGCCUUGAUCAGCUGGAGGCAAGCGUUGAUAAUGUGCCAGUAACAGAAGAAGAAGAGGAACAUUUGUCUAACAUGGACCAGCUAGAUAAAGACAGAGAAGAUGUAGAAAUGGAGGACCUUUUUGCAGACUGUGAUGAGGUUCCACAAACUGAGAACCUGGAAGAAAACUAUACCACAGAGAAAAGUGCACUCCAGAUCAGGGAAUGCCAGGAAACCAACGGAGAAAGUCCUGGCGAGACUUCCGAAUCAGACAUUCAACAUGAAAAUGCCAAACCAAACUCUACUGUCCAACAAGAGCUGCAAAAACAAGCGGAGCUUGUCCUGCUAGAGACUGCAAGAGAACAGGAGACAGGAAAAGUGGAACAAAGUGGAACAGAAGUGAAAAUUACAGAUACCCCAUGUGAGGAUUACGGCAAUCCAGAGGAAGAGAGACAGACAAAUGAAAACCAAGCCCAACCUGAAUUCACAGAAUCUGGAGACAAACAACAAAUGGAGACAGGAAAUGUGGAACAAAGUGUAACAGAAGUGAAAAUUACAGAUACCCCAUGUGAAGAUUACGGCAAUCCAGAGGAAGAGAGGCAGACAUAUGAAAACCAAGCCCAACCUGAAUUCACAGAAUCUGGAGACAAACAACAAAUGGAGACAGGAAAUGUGGAACAAAGUGUAACAGAAGUGAAAAUUACAGAUACCCCAUGUGAGGAUUACGGCAAUCCAGAGGAAGAGAGACAGACAAAUGAAAACCAAGCCCAACCUGAAUUCACAGAAUCUGGAGACAAACAACAAAUGGAGACAGGAAAUGUGGAACAAAGUGUAACAGAAGUGAAAAUUACAGAUACCCCAUGUGAGGAUUACGGCGAUCCAGAGGAAGACAGACAGACAAAUGAAAACCAAGCCCAACCUGAAUUCACAGAAUCUGGAGACAAACAACAAAUGGAGACAGGAAAUGUGGAACAAAGUGUAACAGAAGUGAAAUCUACAGAUACCCCAUGUGAGGAUUACGGCAAUCCAGAGGAAGAGAGACAGACAUAUGAAAACCAAGCCCAACCUGAAUUCACAGAAUCUGGAGACAAACAACAAAUGGAGACAGGAAAUGUGGAACAAAGUGUAACAGAAGUGAAAAUUACAGAUACCCCAUGUGAGGAUUACGGCGAUCCAGAGGAAGAGAGGCAGACAAAUGAAAACCAAGCCCAACCUGAAUUCACAGAAUCUGGAGACAAACAACAAAUGGAGACAGGAAAUGUGGAACAAAGUGUAACAGAAGUGAAAAUUACAGAUACCCCAUGUGAGGAUUACGGCGAUCCAGAGGAAGAGAGGCAGACAUAUGAAAACCAAGCCCAACCUGAAUUCACAGAAUCUGGAGACAAACAACAAAUGGAGACAGGAAAUGUGGAACAAAGUGUAACAGAAGUGAAAAUUACAGAUACCCCAUGUGAAGAUUACGGCAAUCCAGAGGAAGAGAGGCAGACAUAUGAAAACCAAGCCCAACCUGAAUUCACAGAAUCUGGAGACAAACAACAAAUGGAGACAGGAAAUGUGGAACAAAGUGUAACAGAAGUGAAAAUUACAGAUACCCCAUGUGAGGAUUACGGCGAUCCAGAGGAAGAGAGGCAGACAAAUGAAAACCAAGCCCAACCUGAAUUCACAGAAUCUGGAGACAAACAACAAAUGGAGACAGGAAAUGUGGAACAAAGUGUAACAGAAGUGAAAUCUACAGAUACCCCAUGUGAGGAUUACGGCGAUCCAGAGGAAGAGAGGCAGACAAAUGAAAACCAAGCCCAACCUGAAUUCACAGAAUCUGGAGACAAACAACAAAUGGAGACAGGAAAUGUGGAACAAAGUGUAACAGAAGUGAAAAUUACAGAUACCCCAUGUGAGGAUUACGGCAAUCCAGAGGAAGAGAGACAGACAUAUGAAAACCAAGCCCAACCUGAAUUCACAGAAUCUGGAGACAAACAACAAAUGGAGACAGGAAAUGUGGAACAAAGUGUAACUGAAGUGAAAUCUACAGAUACCCCAUGUGAGGAUUACGGCGAUCCAGAGGAAGAGAGACAGACAAAUGAAAACCAAGCCCAACCUGAAUUCACAGACUCUGGAGACAAACAACAAAUGGAGACAGGAAAUGUGGAACAAAGUGUAACAGAAGUGAAAAUUACAGAUACCCCAUGUGAGGAUUAUGGCGAUCCAGAGGAAGAGAGGCAGACAAAUGAAAACCAAGCCCAACCUGAAUUCACAGAAUCUGGAGACAAACAACAAAUGGAGACAGGAAAUGUGGAACAAAGUGUAACAGAAGUGAAAAUUACAGAUAUCCCAUGUGAGGAUUACGGCAAUCCAGAGGAAGAGAGACAGACAUAUGAAAACCAAGCCCAACCUGAAUUCACAGAAUCUGGAGACAAACAACAAAUGGAGACAGGAAAUGUGGAACAAAGUGUAACAGAAGUGAAAAUUACAGAUACCCCAUGUGAGGAUUACGGCGAUCCAGAGGAAGAGAGGCAGACAAAUGAAAACCAAGCCCAACCUGAAUUCACAGAAUCUGGAGACAAACAACAAAUGGAGACAGGAAAUGUGGAACAAAGUGUAACAGAAGUGAAAAUUACAGAUACCCCAUGUGAGGAUUACGGCGAUCCAGAGGAAGAGAGACAGACAUAUGAAAACCAAGCCCAACCUGAAUUCACAGAAUCUGGAGACAAACAACAAAUGGAGACAGAAAAUGAUUUCAAAGUGGAUGAAGAAACACCAGCUGAAAAGCAAGACGUUAAAGCACUUGAGCAUAAAACACUGAACAUUGAGGCAAAGGUAGAAGAUGACAUACUGCGUCAUAUCUUACAGUUGGCCAAUGAUGACAGCAAGAUGCAUAACAAGGCAGAUGAGGGUAAAACGGUCAAGAUGGAGAAGGGCACUGAGGCAAGUGAUAUCCCAUUAGCUGAAGAGAGCAACUUCCCUUUGUUCCAGAAUCCAAAGAAUCAAGUUGGUAUAGAGGCAAAUUCAGCCUUAACAAAGCUAAAUAUUGCACAUGUAAAUAACACGAGGACAGAGGAGAGUUUAAAAAUUGAAAGACAUAUGUUAACCCUCCCGCCCACUUGUGCACAACUUAAGAUGAUCACCGGUGAUAUUUUAGGUGUCUCGUUUACAAAAUUAAAGCAGGAAGAAGUGCACACUCAGCAAAGCAGUGAACAGGAACCUAAACCUUGCACAGAAAUACCAGUACUUGAGAAAGAAUGUCUGAAGAAGGAAGUGCACUCUCCUGAAUGCUUCAAGGAGGAAGAAGAGAAAGGUCCUUUCGAGCAGAAGCAAAACCAAGAAUCUGAGAUGCUCACAGAAGACGAGGAACGACACCAAGAUCAGGCGCCUGGUGACCACGACGGGAUGAAGGAUGAUGAUUGUCUGCAAGAGCCUGAAGACUGUUCUUGGCAGUGUCCACUUUGAUGCUGCUCACCCAGAGAAUCACCUCUGUGUCUUUGGACCUUCAGGAGAAACGAGUCGUACUGACACCAUCCAAAAGGCAGACUUGUGUCACGCUUCUCCCUC